AUGAAAUAGCUGAAUCGUACUUAAAAUGAAUAAAAUCUUGUACACUCUGCAAUUGCCUAAAUCAGAAAAUAAUACUAAAAUGCGGAGUCUGAAGAAGUCCCCCAAGAUUUGCUGGAGAAUAAAUACUACAAAGAAUAUGAGCCACUCGAUAAACUAGAAUUAUUAGCAGAUCAACACAUAAAAUAUUGUACAAAGAGACUAUUAAAUAUUGGUUACUCUAUUCUCUAUUUGGAUGUUGGGUAACCUUGGUGUAUAUAUUGGCCACUAAAUGCUUUGAGUAUCUUAUAAGAAGAUGUAUCAAAAUAUGAAGAAAAAAUUCUCUAAUAUUUGCAGCAAUGCAAAAUUGGAGGCUUUGGUGGGGGUCCCUAUUAAUUUGAACAUUUAGCACCUACUUAUUCGUCUUUGUUAACAUUAUUCAUUCUUGGAUCUCCAGCUUCUUUAGGAUUGAUUGAUAGAAAGGGAUUGGAAAAUUUCUUCUGGUCUAUAUAGGAUCCAAGGGAAAAGGGAUCUUAUUUAAUGCAUAUAAACGGAGAAGCAGACAUGAGGGCUGUAUAUAUAGUUGUGAUAAUGGUGAGUAUCAAUAUUUGCAAAUAUAUUAGUCCCAAGUUAUUGGAUGGUUGUGCUGAGUAUAUUGCAUCAUGUCAAACUUAUGAAGGAGGUAUUGGAGCUGUUAGGUAUUCUGAGGCUCAUGGAGGAUAUGCUUAUUGUGGAUACGCUGCUUUAGUGUGUAUGGGCAAGGCACAUUACAUAGAUUAAGAGAAACUAUUGAAUUGGUUAGUGAGUAGAUAAAUGGAAAAUGAAGGAGGUUUCAAUGGUAGGACAAAUAAAGUCGUGGAUUCCUGUUACUCAUUUUGGCAAGGAGCUAUAUUCAAUUUGCUCAUGUUAUCUGGCUAUGUCAAUGAAUAGUUAAUGGAUGUAUAAGAAUUAAAGACCUAUAUUCAAAUGUGUCAAAACCCGGCAGGAGGAAUAUUUGAUAAACCAAGUAAGAACCCCGAUACUUAUCAUACAUGUUAUGGAUUAAGUGGUUAUUCUUUGUCAGAUAGUAACUUUUAGAAUCCAAUUUACAAUGUUCCAAAUAAAUGUAUAGAUUUUGUGCAAAAAUUCUUCUAAUGA